CCCAUAUUUCCCUUCAGUGCCAUUAUGAACGGCGUUCAGGAUUCGACGUCUGCUGCGGCCUCGUCCCAGUCUGCGCAGAGGCAGGUGCGUGUGCAGCUAGUUAGCAAGCAAGAAGACAUUGCGCUGCCUGAGAGCACCGGCCCCAUUCUGGUUCCCACAGGAUUGCGGAGAUAUGCGCUUUCUACCCUGGUGAACAAUCUUUUGGGAAACGACAAGCCGGUGCCAUUUGAGUUUUUGAUCAAUGGCGCAUUCCUUCGGACUUCGAUCGAUGAAUACUUGACGGCCAAUGGCAUAUCUGCGGAAACUACUCUGGAAAUUGAGUAUAUCAGAGCGUUGAUUCCCCCGCUUCAUAUUGCUUCGUUCGAGCAUGAUGACUGGGUUGGCUCGGUGGAUGUCCUCUCUGCGACCUCGCCAGCUACCUCUUGGGCUUCUGCGAUCGUGUCUCCGGGGCAGGAGAGGAUCCUAUCGGGCAGCUACGACGGGUUGCUUCGUGUGUGGAAUAUGUCGUCUCAAAUCGUCGCAACCUCACCGUCCCCGGCUGAUGGGGGACACGGCGCGUCUAUCAAGGCCGCCAAGUUCGUCUCGCCGAAUUCGAUCGUGUCGGCUGGCCUUGAUCGCACCGUUCGACUCUGGAAAUACAACGAAAGCGAUGAUGGAUUCUCAGGAAAGAUCACCCCGCAGAUUGAGCUCUACGGACACAAAUCUGGUAUCAACUCGUUGGCUGUGCAUGCCCCCUCGAACCGUAUUCUCUCCGCUUCGGCAGACCACAACAUUGGCUUCUGGUCGACAAAGAAAUCAGAUGCCCCAGCUGCUCCCGAGAACCUAGUUUCGUCUGCUGCGUCACGGAGCUCCAAGCGCAGAAAGGUGAGCUCGUCCGUCAGCACCCCGCAGCGCGGCCCGCUUGCGCUGUUGUCUUCCCACACCGCGCCAGUCUCAGCUGCCAUUUUUGACACGAACGACUCGACUGUCGGUUACUCUACUUCUUGGGAUCACUCUCUGCGUACAUGGGAUCUGGUCACGGCCGCUUUAGUAGACACCAGAUCGACAUCCCAUUCGUUGCUAUCUCUCGAGCAUCUCCCCGAGCACCACCUUCUUGCGACAGGUACUUCUGCUCGCCACAUCACUCUCAUCGACCCUCGUACGUCAGCGACAACAAUCUCCGCCAUGACCCUUAGAGGCCACACCAAUGCCGUGGUUUCUCUUUCCCGCGAUCCCCACAGCAGCUACGGUCUCAUUAGUGGCAGUCACGACGGUACCUGCCGAAUCUGGGAUAUCCGUGCUACAAAGACGGAUAAGGACGGUGUUGUUGGCGAGAGCGUGUACUCGAUUACUCGGAGAAGCUUGGAAGAGCAAGGUAAAGCGGAUGCUAAGCGAGUAGGUGGAGAGGGAGUCAAGGUCUUCAGUGUGUGCUGGGACCGUUCGGUUGGCAUUGUUAGCGCCGGUGAGGAUAAGAGGAUUCAGAUCAACCGGGGUGAAGGCGUAUUGUCUUCCGCAUAAGAGGAGUUGCACAUAUGGUUCUGGCGUUAUACUUAUAGGAUGAAAAGUUUGGUUCUGACUCUUUGUAUUAAACAAGCCGCUGUACGAGCUGAUGUUUCCACUUGCAAUAUAUCAUAUAAUUGCUCUAAGAGGC